UUUUUUUUGAGAGACCAGACAGCGUUGGUACAUCGACCACCGACCCUGCAAGGGAAAGAGGAGACACAUUUCAAUUUAAUUAGAUUCCUAAAAUACCAAGGCGAAGGACUCCGGUUUGGACUCAUGUCGGGCCGUAAACGAUCUCGGGUUGAUGGAAAUGAAAAGGAGCCAUAUUUGGAAAGUCUCAAACCUCUGCGGCAAAGAUGUAAGACCGGCUCGACCCCAGAGCGCGCCGGACAGAAGAAGAGCUGCAUGCACGACACCUGCAGGAUCGCGGGGACCAAACAGCUGCCGAACAGCUGGAGCUUCUUCGAGCAGAUGUCCUGCUGGGCCGACACGCAGCACUCUGUGAACCAAGUAUCGGAGCAUCUCAGGUCCGGUCGGCACAACGAUGACAUUUGCCUCGACGAGUCGGUCACCAAGAAGUUUUGGCAGUUUCACCGCGACAUCACCGAGGAAAGCGGCGCCCACGUUAAGCAGCACGCGUGGGGCGUCAUAGAGAGCCGGGAGGAGGUUGUCAUGUAUGGACCUUAUCACCCCGACUACCACAAGGGAGAACACAGCGAGGACAUCAUCAUCGCUCAAACGCAGGACCUUCUGCAGUCCCAGUCCGCCUCGCAGGGCCGCGCCGUGUACGUUUUCACCGUGAACAGCCCGUGCUUGGCCCGGAACGCGCGCGCGUGCAUGCUGAACCUGGUGCACAAAGCUCACGAGUGGUGGCGCAAGUACGGAGUCAAGACCCGCGUUGGUUAUUUGAAAUGCUGGGGAUUCAAAGGAACCAAGGAGCAUCUGUUCAAGGGCGUGAACCACAGCCAAGUGGACUGCGUGGAUCAGAACCAGGACCACGGGAGCUACGUCACAGCCGCCGAGAAGACUGAAAUGACUCCUUUGAGCGAGGUCGUGUUUGCUGCCGUGAAACACACCCCGAGAUCUGCUGCUUUUGCCUGGGGAAGCAUCGCGCAGGGGCAAGACUGGAAGAGCCACUUUAAAAACAUGCGGAGUGUUUUUGAAAGUGUACCAGAAGAGGAGAAAAACAUCUGCACGCAGGAGACAGGCGCCGUGGUCGAAGCUGCGCGGGUUCUGCUUUCAGACAAACGGGAGAGCUUUGAGGGAUAUUUAGAAAGAGGACGUGCGUUCGCUCUUGGUUACGCUUUCAGCUCGCGGUUGUCUGCGGCCCUGCAGGCGCAGAUAAGACUCCGGUUUCGACAGUGCUGGGAGGAGAUGGCGAAGGACAGAUGUGCCGAGCUCAUCAGGGAGAAGCUGACCGAGGACUUCAAUCAGCGCACCGUGCAGCUUUUCAUCAAAGAUAUCGCGAUGUUCACUAAAGAAUACUUGGAAAUUGGAAGGAUACCGAUUCCAGAAGAUGCGCCACAGGUUGACCUUCUGCACACGUUUGGUGCGGAUUGAAUGGCAGCAGACACGCCGUUUGCAUCGUGGCGAAAUGCUUUGUCUUUAUUAGUUUCCUCAGGCAGAUACAGUUGCACACCGAGAAAGUCCACACGUCUCCCACCGUGUCUUCACUUACAACACAACAAAUGCAAUUAUACUGGAGUGGAUUGUUUUUUUCUACAUAUAUGCUCAUAUAUUUGUCCCACUUUUACACACGCCGCCUUAUGAUUGUCACAAGCAAAUCAAAGCAAUGAGUAUUAAUAACAAUCUGUACAGUCGGAUACAACACAUCAACAAGUCCCACCACCCUCAGCUAGUAGAUGACAGUUAGAUGACUGGGGGGGUCAUUUAAUAAUAAUAAAUACUGGGGGGGAUUGAAGAUGUAUAAGCUUUUGUUAUGGAUGCACAUCUGCUCUUGUGUCAGCAGAGGGCGCUAUGUACAAUAACUCCACCCACAUUCAUCAUGCUCGCUGUAUAGGUAGUUUUUCAUGUAUUUUUUCCAUAGAGGUGUCAAUACUGACGUGGUGUUUUUUACAUUUUAGAUCAAAAAAGGCUGAUUGAGGAACAGAAGGUCACAAGGGAACUCUUUCUAACGCGUUGGAAAUCACGUUUACCGACGGUCUCUGGUGCAGAGGAGUGAUGCUUUUGAGCAAUUCUUUCUGAAUUGCAGUAAGAUUUGGAGAAAUGCAUCUGAUUAGCUGUUCUUUGUACAAUUAGAUGAAAUUGUAAGUGUUCUUUGCAAUCGCUGGUAUCACAUUUAAGUGACUGCAAUCGGUGUGUUAAUUUGGGAAGUGUGUAAGGGUUCAGUUCAACCCGGAUCAUAAAUUACAUACAUGUUUUUUUUGUAUUUGCAGAUACGUAUUGCUGCUGAGACUGCUAAAAAUUUUAUACGUGGAGCUAAAUGUGUCCUUUAAAAGACUUAAUAGCAACGUGCUUCACCAAAUAUUCCGGAUAAUUGAAUGUUUCAACAGUUUAAAACUACGAAACAUACAAAACACUGAAAACAGACCUCAGUGAGGUUUGUGGAUUAAUAAGUAACCGACAAAUUGUUUGAUUGAUAAAGAGACUUGAUUAUUGUCAACACGGUCUAGACAAAAUCUAGUUGUUGUUUUUGUUUUUAAGUACACUUGCAUCUCCUCAUCGACCUUAUAAACGAAGGUGUCCUGUGAUUAUUUUUCAUGAUUCGAACGUUCAUAAUUUUUUGGCAGAAUUGUCAAGAUGAAAAAGAAAACAAUUAUAUUGAAAUAAAAUAGACAUUACUGUGA